UCGGAUCGGAGAACUUGUUUAUUUUUAUUUACACAACGCAUGCAACACAAUCGUUGUAUUCGCGCUUCGGACAUCGCGCAGUUCAACAGCCACAGAAGUCGGGAGGACUGGCAGGUAGUGGUAAAAGUAUCAGUGUGGAAACAGUAAGCAAAUAACUUUUAUAGGUAUUACAACUGCAAAAUAAUUUAGAAGUACCAAAUUGCAAUAAUUUUCGUUCGCAUUCAUAUUACGAAAAUUGCUUCAAAUGGGCCAAUGAAAUUAUUUGUAUAGAGACAACGCUGAACAUUGUGAAGGUAUCGAUUGCGAAAUCUCUACAACAACGACGGAAGAAGUGGUGAGAAAUCAAAAGAAAAAUGUCCUACGAAACGGCAGAACCAUCGGGUUCGAUGGAAUUUCAACGAGCAGGGACGACGGAUGAACCUGCGAAAGGUCGUUCCCGUUCCGGUAGCAGCAACAGCAGCGUAGCGGACGAGGAACAAGACGUUUACUGCGAGAAUUCCCCAUGGGUGUUUAUUCCGGAGCCGAUGUUUACGAAAAUUUUUCUCUGUCUGGACCCGCGGGAUAUGCUGAAUGCAGGGCAGACCUGCAAACGGUGGAACAAGCUGAGCCGCGAUGACUACAUAUGGCGAAAAUACUUUCAAAGGGAGUUCAAUGUGGAUACCAAUAUUGGACUGAAGCCAGGGGCGGAAUCUUGGCGAACAGAAUUCAAGCGACUGACUGAUAAUGUUCCAAUGGUGAUGACGGAUGUGCUGACCAAUCACUCGCACCAGGUGUUACACGUUAGCUUCUCCCAUAAUGGAAAAAUGUUCGCUACCUGUUCCAAGGAUGGAUUUAUUAUCGUUUGGAAUUCUGCAUAUCCUUCAACGAUUCGACAUUCAUAUGAUAUGCGCAAACUAAGCUGGAAAUAUACCCAAUUCUCACAAUUCAAUCAAAGCGACACCUUACUCUUGGUGUCUGGAGUACAUUUCGGUUCACCACACAGCACAUCCGGCGAGAUUGCCGUUUUCACCGUACAAAAUGGCUUCCGUCUGAAGUGCCGGGUAACUAAUCGACCGUAUGAUAUUUUCGGGACGUGGUUCAGUGAUCAGCAUCUGCUGUCGGGAGAUCUGAAUUGGUUGGCUCAUUUGGUUAGUUCGUCGAUUUUGUGGCUGAACAAGGCUAACCAGGAAGUGGACUCAGAGCACACACCGAUUCGUAACCAAAUGUACAAAUUCUACAAUAGGAACGCCAGUUCCAUAAGGGCUAUCAUGGUGGCCAACUGCCAAUGGCUUGGCGAUGAGAAGAAGGAAGAAGAAGGUGCUGAAGCUCCAAGCACAUCCGACACAUCUCAACCUAAGACGACUAACGAAGAUGAGGAAGAUGAUCGGAGGAUAGGAAAUCCUCUGUCGCACUAUCAAAUGAACCAAGAUCAAGCCAUGGAUAAUAUGUACCGCGCCGGGAGGGUAUUUAUUCCAGACAUAGACCUUGACUUUCCGUAUGUCCCGUUGGAAAAUCACGAUUAUGCUAGUCCCAUACAUUAUUUAGAGGAAUAUCGUAGAGAAUACGAAGACAGUUAUUACGAAUCUUCGGACGACUGUUUGGACGACGAUGACGAUCAGGAAGACGAUGAAAUGUCGGAAGCGGACGAUUUGGACAAUGUUUGCCCGAAGUAUUUAAUUUUCUCAACAGGGUCAAAGACCUACACCCCCCAUCAGAUUGGAUUCAAGAGGAUAAGUAGCGUCAAUUUUCCCCGCCGGCUGGAUCCGGGACCAACGCUGAAGGAAAGGAUUGCACUACGGGAUCGACAACGAGAACUGGAGGUAAUUAUGCGAGAGAUGUCACAAGAAGAAAUCCGCCUCCAAUAUAUAUUGCAGAACGAGACCCCACCGAUAGAGGCCAACUGGGCCAACUACGAGGCGGUGGCCGAUCGUUUCGACAAAGUUGACAAGUUGAUCGAUUUGCACGGGCACAUAAUUGGCAUGGGUUUGAGUCCCGAUCACCGUUAUCUGUAUGUGAACAGUCGCCCUUGGCCGAAGAACUACGUGAUACGAAACCCGCUGGAACCUCCGCCGAUUGCGCAGGAAAUUGACAUCCACGUGAUUGAUUUGAUGACGCUGAAGAAGGUUGGCACCAUGCUGAGAGCGCAUAAAGCGUACACACCAAAUACGGAAUGUUUCUUUAUUUUUCUGGAUGUGUGCGACAACUAUGUGGCAAGCGGGGCGGAAGAUAUGCACGCAUAUUUAUGGGAUCGGUACUACGGAGUUUGCCUGACCAAGUACCAGCACCAAGAUGUAGUCAACAGUGUCGCCUUCAACCCGCGGGACAACGAAAUGUUGGUGACUACCAGUGAUGAUUACGAAAUUAAGGUCUGGAGAUCAUUGUCAGAAGCAAAGAAGCUUGGUAUUCAACCAGUGGGAAAAGCCGUUGAGUUCAGAAAGCUAAAAUCCAAAACAGCAUGGCAUUGAGUUGGUAAACGUUCAUCUGAUUUGGUUACGCUUUCUUCGGUCUUGUUGAUAUUUACCAGCUUCGAAUUAUGGAAUCUCAAUUUAUGUCAAUCAAUUUAGUCAAUUUAUGUAUUUUCAGUGAAUGAAAGUAUGAACUGUUAUUAAAUAUCAUAUGUAUGUAAAUUACAAAAAAGAUAUCAUUGUAUAGACCCAGAAGGGAUAUUUCUUUCCAUUGUGAGCUCACUAUGGACCGAUUAAAAUUGUUUAUAAGUUUAUUCACAAUCGUGCAAUGGAUAUGUAACGAUGUUACUGCUUCAACAAAUCACAGAUUAAGAUUGUAUAUUUGCGGAUUUUAGAAUUUUUAUUCUAUUUUACUGUUUUAAAUAAAAAAAUCACAUAAAAACGUU